AUGAUAGCAUAUCAGUUAUCACUUAUCACUUCAAACUCUCUUCGAGAAAUCAAUACGUUAUCACUAAAAUUGACAACGAGAGAUAUCAUAAUUGACAGCGCCCUUCCAAUCGACCAUUCUUAUAAGAGAGAUAAAGAGUUAUUUGUUGAAAAUUAUAAUAAAUUUCAACAUUUUUCGGUAUAUUUUUCUGUUUAUCGAAAUGAAUGCGAAGAAAAAUUAGCUGUCAUUUACUGUUUUAGUGUUGACAAAGUUGAAAACAAAUUAAAUCAUAACUAUGACUUAUUAAAUCUAACUGAAAAAGUUUGGAAAAUAAAAUAUAAGGCCUUCAGGCCCAGGCUUUUUGAAGAUAUUGCUCGAGUACCAAAAUUCUUCUCUACUCGUCCAGAAAGAAUUAUGAAAAUUCAAAAAUUGCAUUGUGCGGUGCAAUGUUAUGAUUGGGGAUGCGUUGGUGAAUCGAGCCUCGUCGCAAAUCUUAAAAAAUCGGCCGAUAGCAAUUUUAUUAUCGAAAAAAAACCCUAUGCUGAGUGUUUGCCAUGCAUUUUUCGUUGA